AUGGCCUCACGACUUCCAGCUUUUGCACUCUUUCCUCUCACCGCUUGGCGUGACCAGCUACCGGUUGAUGAGUGGGCUGCUUGUCUCGAUGCCUGGGUAGCGCUCAUUGAUAGCCACUUGUCCCUUUCAGAUGCCGACUUCAACUCAGUUUCAGUUAAAGAUGAGAGUUUACCAAGCUUCCUGACAUCUUUUACACGGGAAACGGCACAAAAUGGAGUUGGGAUUCUUGGGCCAUCGCCUGCAGCUAAGAGACUCCUCAGGGGCACCUAUCAGCUCAUCACGAAACUGCUUCAGUCAUCAGCACCACCAAGCAGCUUGACGCAAUGGGAUUUCUUGUCGGAUGUUAGCACGGUGUAUGGAAAGAAGAAAACCACUAUCCUUCUUGAUACUCUAUCGGAAGCUUCAGGGUCUUAUCUGGAAACAUCACUCGCCGGUCUGAAAAAGUUCCUCAUCAAGAAUCUCGAUGCCGGCCUAAGUGGCGGGGACCUCAACGGCAUCCAAUCCCGCCUCGAACAAGUCAACAACCUCAUCCACGCCUCCCCAUUUGUGGCCGAGUAUUUCCUCGCAGGAAGUGACUUCCUCGACGGUCUCAUAUCCUGCUAUAAGAUUACCAACCCACCGCUCCGCCGCUCACUCAUCUCAACCCUUUACGUCUGCCUCAUCGGCCUCGCCGACGCCCAAAAAGUCGGCCCCCUAACCGACCACCUCUAUUCCCUCAAAUCCGCCGCCAACACUCACAAAUCCGGCCCUUUGAACGUGAACGACUCCCUCGUCGCCGAGUUGGUCACCUCCACCCCUUUACUCACACAACUCUCCCGGAAGCUCGAUCCCAAUGUCUCAACCCGCACCACAACCGUCCUCUCCUCCCUCGCCGCCUUCAAAAAGCCCACCUCCUCCACUUUGUUCCCCCCCAAACCAAAACGCCUCAUCAAGCGCAAAAUCGACAAAGGCAAAUCCCUCGCCUUACCCGAAGGCCAACACCAAGAAAUCCACAUCCAUCGGCUAUCCUCCAUCUCCCAAGUCCAGGACCUCUUCCCAGAACUCGGCUCAGGUUUCAUCUCCAAACUCCUAGACGAGUACCACGACUCAACAGAACACGUCAUCGCCCACCUCCUCGACGACUCCCUUCCCCCCCACCUCGCCUCCCUCGACCGCUCAGAGGAUUUAUCUCCCGUCAAACCCCCCACUAUCCGCCGACACUCCUCCCUCAUCCCCCGC